AUGCGCCUCGAACGCGCCCGCGAUUGGGCGCGAGGGGUCGACCCGAUCGUCGUCCUCGCGAGCGCGGCGUGCGAGUGCGCGUGCGACGACGAGGACGACCGGGCGAUUGGGCGAUUGGGCGAUUGGGCGGUUGGACGGACAUGUUGGUCGCGAUGGCGUCGUCUGGGACGUCGACGACGCCUCGAGCGCGUCGUGCGCGUCGAACGCACGCGCGCGGGGGCGCCCACGCGCGCGGUGGUGCUGGAGACGGCGGAGAGGACGUACGUGUACGCAUUCGGAGGAACGCGGAACGCGCGGGACGCGGCGACGGACGCGAACGUGACCUGGGCGCGCGUGCGCGAGGACGUCCACGCGCGCGCGCACCGGGGGUUCUUAACGAGGGCGGAGAUGGUGGCCGUGGAGGCGACGUACGAGGUAAAGGUGCUGGGGCGAGGAAACGCGCGGUUGGUCAUGUGCGGACACUCCUUGGGCGGCGCCACCGCGGCGCUGGCGACGGUGUUAUUCUUAUUGAAGCGACCGGAGGCGUCGCGCGCGGUGCGGUGCGUGACGUUCGGGUGUCCUCCCAUCGGUGACGACGGAUUGCGACGUCUCAUCGCCGAGCGCGGAUGGACGCGCGUGUUCACGCACGUGCAAAUGCCCGAGGACAACAUCCCGAGACUGGUAUUCGCGGCGCGUCAGGGGUACGCCCACUUCGUCCCGCCGACGUUUUUGCUCAAAGACGGGCGAUUGGUGACGAAGUCGUCGCUCGAUGAGGACGACGAUUCCCUGGAGCGCGCGCGCCGAGAAUCCGCUGGAUUGACGCACAUUCGAGGCGCGGUGUACGCGCACGCGAUGAAGACGUAUCGAGCGCGCCUGAUGCUGUCCGUGCGCGCGUCUGAAUCAUCCCGGGAUGGCGACGAGGUCCCAGUCGAUGUACCGGUUCGCGCGCAUCUCGGACCGGCACCGACGCUCAAACGCGCCGUUGGGGUUUUGACGCGCGACGGCGCGCGCGUCAUGGUGCUCGUUCAAGGCGCGCACAUCGACGCGCGCACGUGCUCGAUCACUCGCGCGGAGGCGAAGGGAUGGCCGUGCGCCGCAACGAGCUCAGUCUUGGCGCACGACUCGUUGCUCGUGAUCGUGUCCGCACCCAUGUUGCACGGAGCGCCUUUACCGAGCGACGCAGUGUGCUCGCGGACGAAUCACGCGUCGUGGAUGCCUCUCGUCGUCGGCGCCGGAGGAGAUUUUUCCGUCUCUCGCGUGCACGUACGCGUGGCUCCUCGAACCAUCGUCUUCGUUCGAGGCGACGACGCGUCGUUAAUCAUCGCCGAACGACUCGCGUCGCUGAUGGAAAAGCAAACAGGUUGGGUCGUCGAAGAAGUUGAGCCGAUUCGUGGCGACGGUAUCGACCAUUUCGUCGCCUCGAUGAGAGGUCGCGUGGUCGUGCACGCCACUCCCGACGGUGGGUGCGCCAUCCGUCGCGGCGGCUCGACGGACCCUGGCGAACGCGUCCAAGCCGAUGACGCAAAACGAUUAGAGAAAGUAGUUCGAGCGACUCUCGGAGCGACGGAAUUGGACGCGCUCAGAGUCGCGCUCGUCGACGGCGGAACAUCUGUGAAGCCGAGAUCGAGACUGUAG